AUGACAGAUAAUUUUUUGAAAGAAGUAAUAUCUCAUGGAAUAACAAAUUCUAAUGAUUUUAUUUUAAAAUGCUAUGGAAUAACCAGAGAUCCUAAUACUAACAAUAAUAUUAUGGUGAUGGAAUUUGCUGAAGAUGGAAAUUUGUAUAGGGACUUAGUUUUCCAAUCAAUUUUAUCAAAGUUUAACAUUAAGUUAGAAAGAUUAUAUUGUAUUGCAGCAGGGUAUAUAUUUGUUUUACUAAGUUUAACUAAGCAAAUGUAA